AUGAAGCCCUCGUUGAGUUUUGACCUAAAGCUCGGGACCGGUUCUGACUCAACAUUGGCAUGUUCGGGAUUUAAACCAAACCAAAAACCCGAUUCCGGCUUCGGACAAGGUAUCAUCAUAUCAGGUAUCGUGCAAGUACCGCGUCGGGUGCUAUGCUCUCUCUCCCCUAUCCAUCCUCUCGGCGCCUGGUAUUUCAACUCAAUCCUCACUCCCCCACCUUGCAACCAUCAUCAUCGACGUGAUCCCGAGAAUUGGGAUUGCUUGCUACGAAAUAUCUUCCCCCCCUCCUCAACACACGAACUCCGGAUGAGUUAUACCCCCUCCCAACGCUUUGCUAUUCAGCAGUUUAUCGCCUUCACGGCAUGCCCUGAGCGUACAGCUGCUAAGUUCCUGAAGUCACAUUCAUGGAACGUUGAGAUCGCAGUUGAUUCGUACUUUACCUCGAACAAUUCUUCGUCGACAAUGCCAUCUUCAGCUGAUCCGGCGCUGAGGAAGGUAUUCGACCAGUUCCGAGAACCCGGCGACCCGGAGGAUACUAUGACGGUUAACGGCGUCAUGAAAUUCCUUCCGGUAAUUGGUGUAGGCCUCGAAGAGGAGACAGUCCUCGUCCUCGCGGAGGCUCUGAAAGCCCCAACAAUGGGUGAAUUCACACGGGAAGGAUUCGUCGAAGGGUGGAAGGCUCUCAACUGCGACACGCUCGAGAAAAUGCGAGCCAAAGUCCCCGCUCUCCGUACCUCCUUCACCCAUGACGAGGCAACUUUCAAAAGGGUUUACUUGUUCACAUACAACUUUGCCCGCAACCCGAAUCAGCGCUCACUGCAAAUGGACACCGCGAUCGAAUACUGGAAACUCCUCUUCACACACCGCUUCCAGAAGAACCUGGAGGAUUGGAUCGAGUUCUUGGAGACCGAGUAUAAGAAGAGUAUUGCGAAGGAUACUUGGAAUUGCAUGUAUGACUUUGUACAGUUUGCUGAUAAGGAUCCAGAGUUGAGGAGUUAUGAUGUUGAUGGCGCAUGGCCGUCGAUAUUAGAUGACUUUGUCCAAUUCUCGCGCAAGAAGAAUGGAACGGAACAACCUUCUCAAGAGGAGAUGGAUACUUCGUGAAAUUCUUGGUGCUUUUUCUUAGUCUAUUCAUUUUAAAUCUUAUCCCGGUUUCCAUCUCUCUCUCUCUCUCUCGUUCCUAGCUCGCUUCUACAAUUAGCUAUCGUAUUUCUUCCCAUCUAUUUCCAUCUCUCUCAAUAUCCGCCUCCUUUUCUCUGUUCAUUUCGUAGGAUGGGUAUAGAAUGAUAUUUACAUCGCAUGGUAUUUAUUCGUUAUUCAUACUUCAUUGAUGGGUUAGGUUUCCCCCCUAGGCGAUUUUUAUUUCAGAAUUUGUGAGCAAGUGUGCUUUGGUGGUGGGGAUGGGGAUGGAGGAAGGAGAAGUUGCUUUGGAUUCUAUAUAAUUGCAAUGGCACUUUACUUACUGACAAAA